AUGCCUUCUGUUAAUGCAACUACUGAUAACACUAAAUUAACAUCAACAAUCGCUGACUCUAAAUUAAAAGUAGCUGGAGAUAAAGAUACUUUAUUUACCGAUACAUUACCUACAAGUGAUUCUGAUUCAUAUCAAUAUGAAAAUGAACGAAAUUUAAGAAAACGAAGAAAGUUGAGUGAUUCAACACUCAAAGAUGAAAAUAAUACAAGUUCAUCUGUCGAUUCUAAAACUGACAAUAAUUUACGUGCAAAAGCCGAUGAUCUUGUCGAUAAUGUUCUUGAAGUACCUACAAAAUGCGCUGAACAAGUCGAACAAUUUGCAAAAUAUAUUUGGCAUGUACUAGAUCAUCACAACUUACCACAAUGGAUGCGAGAUAACGAAUAUUUAUUAUCGUCACAUCGACCACCCAUGCCCAGUGUGAAGCAAUGUUUUAAAUCGAUAUUUCGUUUACAUACAGAAACAGUUAAUAUUUGGACGCAUCUCAUCGGAACAGUAGUAUUUAUCGUACUAGCCACAUAUUAUCUAACCGUACCAUCAGUCGGAACAAAAUGGGAAGAGAAAUUGAUAUUUGGAGCAUUUUUUACUGGAGCUAUUGUUUGUUUAUUGUGUUCAACAUUGUUUCAUACAUUCUAUUGUUAUUCACCAAAUGUUAGCAAGUUUUUUAGCAAGUUAGAUUAUUGUGGUAUAUCUAUGUUAGUUAUGGGCAGUUUUGUACCUUGGUUAUAUUAUGCAUUUUAUUGCGAAUUUGGAACAAAAGUAGCCUAUUUGGUAUUAAUAGGUCUACUUGGUAUUGGAUGCAUUGUUGUAUCAAUGUGGGAUAAAUUUAGUCAACCAGAUUAUAGAACGUAUCGAGCAUUGAUGUUCAUUGGAUUUGGUCUCACAGGCUUUUUACCAACAAUUCAUUAUGCUUUAUUGUUUGGUAUCAAACAUGCAUUCACAACUGGAGCUUUGCAAUGGCUUGUGUUAAUGGCUAUAUUAUACAUUACGGGAGCUUCACUCUAUGCUGCACGAAUACCAGAACGAUUAUUUCCUGGACGUUUCGACAUAUGGUUUCAAAGUCAUCAGUUUUUUCAUGUAUUUGUUGUUGCUGCUGCUACUGUUCAUUACUAUGGAAUUAAUAUAUUAGCUCGACAUCGUGCAAGUAUAGGAGACUGUAGAUAUAUAGAUAGUCGUGCAGAUUUCAAUAUUGAAUCAAUGAUUAGUUAA